ACCUUUCUGGGAAAGUAUUUACUCCGCCUGUGCGGGCACCCCUCCGCUUUCUCUCUCUGAGCCCUUCCCCCAGCUCCAAAAAAGCUUCCUGGAAAUGUCCUCGUUAUCACUUCCCCUCGCCGGCUGGGGGCUGGGAGCUGGGAGCCGGGAGCUGGGAGCGGGCGGUCCCCUCCCCGGGCUGCUGGCCAGAGCUCAGGCUGCCCCGGGGCGUCGCUGGGGCGCAGUGCUGGGAGCGCCGAGCCCGGGCUGGCUGCAACGCCGCGGAGAGCACAGGUCUGGAUCACCGCCCCCGCCGGCUCCUCUGCCCCCUGUGAAAUGAGGGUCCUGGGUGGGCACUGCGGGGUGCUGCUGGCGUGCCUGGCCCUCAUGCUUCCAGUCUCAGAGGCAAACUUUUUGUCAAAGCAGCGUGCAUCACAAGUCCUGGUUAGGAAACGCCGUGCAAAUUCUUUACUUGAAGAAACCAAAGAGGGUAAUCUUGAAAGAGAAUGCAUCGAGGAACUGUGCAAUAAAGAAGAAGCCAGAGAGGUAUUUGAGAAUAACCCAGAAACGGAUUAUUUUUAUCCAAAAUACUUAGGUUGUCUUGGCGCUUUUCGAGCUGGAAUAUUUGUUGGUGGACGUCAGUCAACAAACUCUUAUCCUGAACUCAGGAGCUGUGUCAAUGCCAUUCCAGACCAGUGUAAUCCUCUGCCAUGCCAUGAAGAUGGAUACUGGAGCUGUAAGGAUGGCCAAGCUUCAUUCACUUGCAUUUGUAAACCUGGCUGGCAAGGAACAAGGUGUGAAUUUGAUAUAAAUGAAUGCAAAGAUCCCUUCACUGUAAAUGGAGGCUGUAGUCAGAUGUGUGAUAAUACACCUGGAAGCUAUCACUGUUCCUGUAGAAGUGGUUUUAUUAUGCUUUCAAAUAAAAAAGACUGUAAAGAUGUGGAUGAAUGUGCCACAAAGCCAAGUGUUUGUGGCACAGCUGUGUGUAAGAACACUCCUGGAGACUUUGAAUGUCUGUGUCCCGAAGGCUACAGAUAUAAUCCCAAAUCAAAGUCUUGUGAAGAUGUGGAUGAAUGCUCAGAGAACAUGUGUGCUCAAUUUUGUGUCAAUUAUCCUGGAAGCUACUCUUGUUAUUGUGAUGGGAAGAAAAGAUUCAAACUUGGCAAAGAUCAGAAGAGUUGUGAGGCUGUUCCAGUGUGCCUUUCAUUGAACCUUGACAAAAAUUACGAAUUACUCUACUUGGCAGAGCAGUUUGCAGGAGUUGUUUUAUAUUUAAAAUUUCGUUUGCCAGAUAUCACCAGAUUUUCAGCAGAAUUUGAUUUCCGGACAUAUGAUUCAGAAGGCAUCAUAUUGUUUGCAGAAUCUCUUGAUCAUUCUGCAUGGCUCCUGAUUGCACUCCGUGAGGGAAAAAUUGAAGUGCAAUUUAAGAAUGAAUAUGCAACCCAAAUCACAUCUGGAGGCAACGUUAUUAAUAAUGGCCUUUGGAAUAUGGUGUCUGUGGAAGAAUUAGAAGAUCGUAUUAGCAUUAAAAUAGCUAAAGAAGCUGUGAUGAAUAUAAAUAAAAUUGGAAGCCUUUUUAAACCUACAGAAGGGUUUUUGGAAACCAAAAUAUAUUUUGCAGGAUUACCUCGGAAUGUGGAAAAUGUACUCAUUAAACAGAUUAACCCACGCAUGGAUGGAUGUAUACGAGGAUGGAAUUUAUUGAAGCAAGGAGCUUUAGGAGCAAAGGAAAUUAUUCAAGGAAAACAAAAUAAGCAUUGCCUUGUCACUGUGGAAAAGGGCUCCUACUAUCCUGGAUCUGGAGUUGCUCAAUUUAGCAUAGAUUACAGUAACAUAACAAAUGCUUUGGUUUGGCAAAUAAAUGUGAGCUUGAAUAUUCGUCCAUCUUCGGGCACUGGCGUGAUGCUUGCCCUGGUUUCUGGAAACACAGUGCCCUUUGCCUUGUCCUUGGUGGACUCUAGGUCUGAAAAUUCUCAGGAUAUUCUAGUGUCUGUUGAAAAUGUGGUAGUAUCUAGAAUUGAGGCUACAAAUCUUUGUUCCGGUCAACCAUCUUAUCUGAAAUUCAAAGUCAACAAAAACAGUCUGGAGCUGUGGAAUCCACAUAAAGAUACCAUCUACUCUGAAGACCUUCAAAAACAACUUGCCAUCUUAGACAAAGCAAUGAAGGGUACAGUGACCACUUACUUGGGUGGCCUUCCAGACAUUCCCUUUAAUGCCACACCAGUAAAUGCAUUCUAUCAUGGCUGCAUGGAAGUGAAUAUCAAUGGUGUACAGCUGGAUUUGGAUGAAGCCAUUUCUAAACAUAAUGAUAUUAGAUCUCACUCAUGUCCAUCAGUUUCUAAUGGCACCAAGAAUUUUUAAGGCGUAUUUUCUUUGUUGACAAUAUCUCUUUCCUGAGUGUAAUUAUACUUAUAUUUCUAUUACAGUUGACAGGUUUUACCUAUGAUGUUCUUCAUUUGAUUACUUUUUGGUACUUUGACCUUGGCAUUUUUUAAAGGCUCUUUUUCGGAAAAAGUCUGUUGUGAUAUAAAUCACAGAAUAAACUCUUCUCUUGCUAUCUAAAAAUUAAUGUGACAUAAAAUUAUUAUUUUUUUCUAAAAUGACAUUUCUUUUGUUUGUAAAAUUAAAUUUUAAUUGCAUUCUCUUUGAA